CGUAGGAUAAUAUAUACUACUACGUAGACGUGAGACCGCGUAAACUCACUUGAGUGCAAACUUUCGUAGCAAACACAAGUUAAGCGAAAGUAAACUAAAUAAACAAUAUUUUUCACACUCGUUUCAUAAAAAAAAAAAAAAACAAAAAUAAUAAUUACAAUGCAUAAUCAAUAUCGAAUAUUCAAAAUCAUAUUAGUGUGUUUAAUAUUUGCAAUAAUUGCAACCGAAGCUAAGCGAAGUGUCCCAGGAGCACCGCAAUCAAUUCCGAUCGAUUCUCCCGAAAUUCAAGAGUACACAAAAAAAGGGUUGAAACAAUUCUCUGCUACUUAUGAAGGCGCCAAGGAGCCAGUUGUUGCGGAAAUUGUCAGUGCAUCUCGUCAAACUGUUGCUGGAUCACUUUAUAAGAUAAAAGUUAGAUUUGGAGAGAGUAGUUGUCCAAAGGGCCAAUUCACUGAGACAUGUUUAUUAGUGGAAGAGAGUCCAACCAAAGAUUGUGAGAUUAAAAUUUGGGAACGACCUUGGAUUCAAGAAAAUCCUCUUGAAAUUACUAUUAAAUGUGAAUAAAGUAAUAAAAAAAUAUUCGGGAUUCAAAUCAAGUAGAAAAA